CGCCGCCGCCGCCGCCUCCGCCGCCGCCGCCGCUGCCAUGGCCCAGCAGCAGAUGACCAGCUCGCAGAAAGCCCUGAUGCUGGAGCUCAAAUCCCUGCAGGAGGAGCCGGUGGAGGGCUUCCGGAUCACCCUGGUGGACGAGUCCGACCUCUACAACUGGGAGGUGGCCAUCUUCGGGCCCCCCAACACGCUCUACGAGGGCGGCUACUUCAAGGUACUUCUGCAGUCCCUCUGGCCAGGACAUUUUUUCUCCGAGGCUUUACCUGGACUUGUGGGGUUGCUCUCCUCCUCGGGGUUUACCCCCUGGGCAUCAUUUAAACCAAGAUACUUGUCAAAUAUCAACAUUAAUUUUAUGAAUAAUUACGACUGUUCAUUCUUUCAUAUUUCUAGGACUAUCUUGUUGAGUGUAAUCUCACUGCUUAAUGAGCCCAACACUUUCUCUCCAGCCAACGUGGAUGCUUCAGUUAUGUUCAGGAAAUGGAGGGACAGUAAAGGAAAAGAUAAAGAAUAUGCUGAAAUCAUUAGGAAACAAGUUUUGGCUACUAAAGCUGAAGCAGAAAAGGAUGGAGUGAAGGUCCCCACUACACUGGCUGAAUAUUGCAUCAAAACUAAAGUGCCUUCCAAUGACAACAGUUCGGAUUUACUUUAUGACGACUUGUACGACGAUGACAUUGAUGAUGAAGAUGAGGAGGAAGAAGAUGCCGACUGUUAUGAUGAUGAUGAUUCUGGGAAUGAGGAGUCGUGACCUGCUCCCUCUGUGCCCCCUGUACUGCCCAGCCAUCUCAGGCCAAAGGGAGCAGCGGUAAACUCAGCAGUCCAGUGGCAAAAACCAUACACAGGGGGUGGGGAAAACAAAUGUGUGUACUGCUGUCUCCUGUUGUGUGGAUCUCAGUUUGCUCCUUUUUAUGGACCUCUCACUGGAGAGGAAGUAACCCUCUACAGAAUGUCUGAAUUCUUGCAUUCUUUAUCCUUCCAUCACUGUAUUACAAUUCCUUUUUUAAAACAAAACCCGAAACUCCCUUUUCACUUCAUCUCUACAAAGUGUUCACAGAGAAACACGUUUGGUCUGUGUUUAGAUUCUUGAAGAAUUAAAUACAGUCUCUCAUCAAGACGUUUAAUGUAUUUAAAGCUGGGAACCCACCAGAAGUUGGGUCUUUGGGAGUUCACAAGUGCUGCAUAUACUGGGUAGCAGAUGAAAAACCGGAAAAUAAAACAAAAAACAACCCCACAAAACCUUUAAAAAAAAAAAAAGAAGCAAAUUUGCCACGGUUCUAGCUGCUCCGUUUAUGACAUUAGUGUGUGCACAUUGCAUUUAACCUUGUGGUGGUGAAUUUUGUUUUCUCCUUUUUUAAGGUGUGAGGCAGAUGGUAUAAGCAACUGUGUGCUGAGCUUGAGGAAAUGUGUUACUGAAAGGCACAGUACUACUUUUCAGCCUCUCUGAAACAAUCUUAAUAUUGAGACCUCAGCUAUACUGGGGUAGAGAGAAAAAUCAGAUUUUUAAAAAAUUGAUUGGGAUCUAAUGCCUGAAUAAAUAUUCAUACUUUACAUAGAACUGAGCACUUGGUUGCUAUUUAUUUUUUAAGGCAGGGGUUUUUUUGUGGGAUUUUUUUUUUUUUUUGGUGGUGAGAAGGAAGGGUUAAAAAAGUCACUAUGCCAUUUGUGAAGAUGCUGCUGGGGGGAGAAGAUCUCCUGGUGAUGGCCACCACCAGGAGGGGAAAUAGUUUUCAGUGGAUUUAAAACAAGUCCUUCCCCACAGGGAACAAUCUUAUGCUACCUAGUGGGUCUGUGUUGGGGUCUUUUAAAGUAGCCGGUGUUAUUCAGCCAGUAUUAGUCCCAGGAGCAUGUCCAGUGUUCUGGUUUUGGUAUUUUCAUUAAGCUACUACACCCUAUAGUGAUAAAUGUGGAUGUGAGUGAGUAGUGACCUGUUACUGCUUUCUUCAUUGAAUGUAACCUGAACUGAUAAAUUUUCUUCUUGUUAAAUCUGCUUUGUCCUAGUAAAAGUCCUGCAGUGA